CCAGGAUUUCCCCAAUAUGCAUCUUUAUUAAAGCCUUGUAAGGCCACCAACAGGCUCACAAUUCCACAUUGGAAAAGAGUGGAGACAUGGCAUAUCUACUGGAACGUGUGUCAAUUGACGAAUGCUUCGUGAUAGAGCAGGUAGCGUAAUGAAGCUACACUUAGGAUUGGCUCUGCUAUUGUGCGAAAUACAAAAAAUAUAUUCAUACAUGUAGUUGCUUGAGUUGCAGAGUGAGCUCGUUUUUGAAGAUCCGGUGAGGUUGAGGAGUAUGAUACUUCCUGCCUUCUAAGAAAGGCAAACGUUGACGAGCUGUAUGAUACUUCCUGCCUCCGAAGAAAGGCAUACAUCUUUGAAGAUCAAGGCUCGCAUGACAGCUGAGAUCAACAAGAACUCUUUCGAUAAUUUGAAUCAAGAUUCAAGGACUCUACAAACGAUUUAAGUCCAUUAACUCUACGGAGGAUUACAAUCAUGGACUCUGAGAGGAUUGAAGAACAUGGACAAGGAUUACAAUAGUUUACGGUUUCACUACAUAGUAGCAUACAAGGCUAUCCUGUUAAGGUUUUCACCUAUAGCCGUAGAGCAAAUGAGACUGAUACAUGAGCUUUUUAUCCUGUGUAUACACUACAUGUAUAUACAUUAAUUGAUCCAAAAUAUCGAAAUACACAUUUAUUGGAGGAACCAGCUUGAACUUGGCACGGUUGUAUUGCUUUAUAGAUGAAUAAGCUAUACACAGUACUAUAGUCUUAUUUACUGUAUGUCCUUGAAUUGAAUAGAAAUAUAUUUCGCUAUAUGUAUCCGACGAAAGAGUACGAAGCCACCCUUUUCUUUAAGUGAAAAAUAUUCAAAAGGCGAGCAAAGGAUGGCUUCACUUAGAUCGAUACCGUUGGUUAAAUUCAGAAAAAAUAACGCCUAUGAAGAUAUUGAAGGGAUUACUAAAAAUGAAGCACAAACACCUCAUGAGACUCCCCUUGAAUUCUCACAUUUUCCUACUCCACAAGCGCCAACAGCUGGAGAAACUCUGCAGCAUCCAGUGGAUGAUACGUUCACAGUGGAACAGGCAGUCGACAACAUUGGGUUCGGGGCAUUCCAGGUGAAGCUCUCUUUGUUAACUGGCUUGGCGUGGAUGGCAGACUCGAUGGAAAUGAUGAUACUGAGUAUUCUUUCACCUGCUCUCCACUGUGCCUGGGGCCUCUCGUCAUGGCAACAAGCACUUAUCACCACAGUAGUGUUCUGUGGAAUGAUGUUUAGCUCUGGUGUUUGGGGGAAGGUGUGUGACCAAUAUGGCAGAAAAGCAGAGCUGAUACUCUGUUCCUUAUUCACAUUUUACUUCGGUUUUCUGAGCAGUUUUUCCCCAACCUACCCAUGGCUUCUUAUACUUCGUUGUUUGGUUGGCUUUGGUAUAGGAGGCGCUCCUCAAUCAAUAGUGUUAUACUCGGAAUUCCUUCCCCAAUCAUCUAGAGCAAAAUGCAUUGUUAUGAUUGAGAUAUUCUGGGCAUUGGGAGCUUGCUUUGAAGUUGUUCUGGCAUUACUCGUCAUGCCUCAUCUUGGUUGGCGCUGGUUGCUAGGUCUAUCCUCAAUACCGCUGUCUAUAUUCACAGUCUGUUGUGUGUGGCUUCCAGAAAGUGCAAGAUUUGAUGUUGCCAGGGGCAACCCAGAGAGUGCGCUAAAAACAUUGGAACGAAUCGCCAAAGAAAAUGGAAAGCCAAUGCCACUGGGCAAGCUGGUCGAACCAAAUAUAAAAGAGGUUAAAAGGGGAAGGAUUGCCGAUUUGUUUACCCCUGUACUUCGAACUACAACAGUAUUACUAUGGCUGAUAUGGUUGGCCAAUGCAUUCUCUUACUAUGGUGUUGUACUGAUGACAACAGAACUGUUCCAAUCUGGAGAAUCAUGUACAGUGGGUGAUGGUCUCCCCGAGGCUUCGUGUAGUUUAGAAUGCAAACAGUUGACAACAAAGGACUAUACUGAUCUGUUGUGGACCACAUCGGCAGAGCUACCAGGUUUAUUAUUCACCGUAGUUAUUAUAGAGUGUGUAGGGAGAAAGAAAACAAUGACGCUUGAUUUUCUGCUCUUCUCGCUGUUCGUCUUUCUAGUCAACAUCUGCGUCUCAAGAGAAAUCCUCACAUCUUUUCUUUUUGCUGCCCGAGCAUUCAUCAGCGGAGCAUUCCAAGCAGCAUAUGUCUACACACCUGAAGUUUACCCAACGACGUCGCGAGCAAUCGGUCUGGGAUCCUGUAAUGGCAUGGCCCGUAUUGGCGCGAUAGUCACACCUUUUGUUGCUCAGGUAAUGCUGAAACAUUCUGUUCAUCUUGCCAUUUCCAUAUAUGGGGUUGUUUGCCUUCUCGCCGCUGUUGCAUCCAUGCUUCUUCCAAUAGAGACUAAAGGCCGGCAAAUGAAAGACACCCAUAAAGAAGUUAUUCAAUGAGUCGUGCAGUGUUCGGUAAUAAUGAUGACACUUUCACGUGUGAGGUAUUCACCAACGAAAUACAAAGGAACACAGCAGAAGUGUAUUUUUCACGGAGCUGUGGAGUCUUUACCAUGCAGAAAUGGCGUAUUAAGACAAAGUGUUCAGCUUUCAACAUUGGCAUGCGUUGCCAGUGAUAUGAUCAUCACAUGUACAAAUAUACCAUCUGUUCUAUAGUGACACAAUCAUCAAGAGAAAUGUGACAGUUAUAACAGAAAAUAAUAAAUAACUCUUAUCAAUGGGCGGAGCAAAAUGAUUUUACCAGAAUUUUAAAAAUAUAUUAAUAAAACAUCAUUUAUAAACUAAACCUGGAAAGAUUUUCCACAUAUGUUUUCCUCGUAUGGACUUAAGAAUUGAAAUUAACACCUUUUGUACACCUUCUAAAGACUUUUGGGGUCCAAACAGCACAUAUUUUGCAAUAACUCUGCAACCAGAGACGCUUUUCUCAUUGUGAUUUCAAUUUUAAAUAGGUUAUUCAAAAUACCUUUAAUAAUUU